AUGGCCAACGCACCCCACGGCGGCGUCCUCAAGGACCUUGUUGCUCGCGAUGCCCCCAGGCAGUCGCAGCUCCGCGAGGAGGCUCGCCUCCUCCAGGACAUCUUCCUCACCGAGCGUCAGCUCUGUGACCUCGAGCUCAUCCUCAACGGUGGCUUCUCCCCCCUCGAGGGCUUCAUGAACGAGGCUGACUACACUUCGGUCGUCAACUCGCUCCGUCUCGCCAAGCAGGAUGGCCAGGCUGAGGGCACCCUCUUCCCCAUGCCCAUCACCCUCGAUGUCUCCGCCGAGGACGUCCAGCGUCUCGGCCUCAAGGCUGGUGUCCAGGUCGCUCUCCGUGACUUCCGUGACGACGCCGCUCUUGCCAUCCUCACCGUCGAGGACGUCUACCGCCCCGACAAGAAGCUCGAGGCCGAGAAGGUCAUGGGUGCCGACGACAUUGCCCACCCCGCUGUUUCGUACCUCCACAACCAGACCAAGGAGUUCUACGUCGGUGGUAAGGUCCAGGCCGUCCAGGCCCCCACCCACUACGACUACGUCGCUCUCCGCUACACUCCCGCCGAGCUCCGUGCCCACUUCAACAAGGUCGCAUGGCGCAAGGUUGUUGCCUUCCAGACCCGUAACCCCAUGCACCGUGCCCACCGCGAGCUCACCGUCCGUGCCGCCCGCCAGCACCGCGCCAACGUCCUUAUCCACCCCGUUGUCGGCCUCACCAAGCCCGGAGACGUCGACCACUACACUCGUGUCCGCGCCUACCAGGCUCUCAUGCCCUCGUACCCCGAGGGUCUUGCCCACCUCGCCCUCCUCCCCCUUGCCAUGCGCAUGGCUGGUCCCCGUGAGGCUGUCUGGCACGCCAUUAUCCGCAAGAACUUCGGUGCCACCCACUUCAUUGUUGGUCGUGACCACGCCGGCCCCGGCAAGAACUCGCAGGGCCAGGACUUCUACGGCCCCUACGACGCCCAGGAGCUUGUUACCCAGUUCAAGGACGAGCUCCACAUCGACAUGGUUCCCUUCCAGGCCAUGACCUACCUCCCUGGCACCGACGAGUACCAGCCGGUCGACGAGGUUGCCAAGGGUACCCCCACCGCCGACAUUUCGGGCACUGAGCUGCGCAAGCGUCUCCGUACCGGCGCCGCUAUCCCCGACUGGUUCUCGUACACUGGUGUCGUGAAGGUCCUCCGUGACUCGUACCCCCCUCGCCCCCAGCAGGGCUUCACCAUCCUCCUUACCGGUCUUCACAACUCGGGCAAGGACACCAUCGCCCGUGCCCUCCAGGUCACUCUCCAGCAGCACGGUGCCCGCUCGGUCUCGCUCCUCCUUGGUGACGAGGUCCGCGCCGAGCUCUCGAACGACCUUGGCCACUCGCCCGAGGACAAGCACCUCAACAUGCUCCGCAUCGGUUACGUUGCCUCGGAGCUCACCAAGGCCGGUGCCGCCGUCAUUGCCGCCCCCACUGCUCCUUACGAGCGCUCGCGCAAGGCCUUCCGCAACGCUGUCGCCGGCCCCGGUGGCAACUUCUUCCUCAUCCACGUCGCCACCCCUCUCGAGUACUGCGAGAAGGUUGACCGCCGCAACCUCUACAAGCGCGCCCGCGAGGGUGAGCUCAAGGGCUUCACCGGUGUCGACGACACCUACGAGGCUCCCGUGGACGCCGACCUUGUCUGCGACCUCCGCACCGACACCGUCCCUGAGAUUGUUCACUCGGCUGUCAUGCUCCUCGAGUCGUCGGGCCUUCUUUAA